GGGUGUGGCUUUUGUUAGUCAGAGGGAACAGAUAAGCUUGAACGAGUUUGCCUCGCGGAGAGACGCAGGAUUCACAGCCCUGAGCAGACAAGCAGCCAUUUACUUUCACUCAGCGUAACACUCCUGUCGGGUUCUGCUCCCUCGCGCUCGCCUUCUCGCCUCCUCGCGCUCUCCUUCGGCCCCCUUGAAGCGAGACUUUGAAGCGGCGCAGAGGAGGAAAAAAACAAAAAGCUUAGGGAAAACUACAACGUGUAGCCAUGAAGGACAAAGUGAGGAGAGGAGGGAGAAACCCGUCCAAGGCUGACGUCACAAGCCUAGUUAGUGGAAAGGAGGCUGUUGGUAAUAAGCAACACGAGGACUCGUCGUUCCCUGUGAGGAUCCAGGGAGCCGGAGUAGAGCCAUUUGAGCUACAGGUCCGGGGAUUUUGGCUUGUUCAAGAUGCAGUAAUGACUCUGCUUUUGAGGGAUGACGUUUUUCCACGUUCCAACUUGUCGCUGGCACUUGCUGGAACGCCUUUGGACCCGCUGGCCGAACUGCAAAGCCUUAAGGGGCUUAAACCAGGAGCCGUCCUGCGCCUGGUGGAAGAACCCUACACCGCCCACUCAGCCAGACUCCAUCUGGCCCGUGUGCUCGAGCUGCUGAGAGCAUCUGGACCUCAGGAUGCGCUGAGAGAAGGACGCUCACCAAGCAUACUGGAGACACUCACACAAACACCAGAUUCCAACGUACCAAAUGGAAAGGGCCUGAAACGCUCUUUGAGCAACACAAAAACGGAAACAAGCAAACCCGAUGGAGCUCCCCCUGAGUACCUGCUCCCUGGUUCCUCAGAGAGGCCCCUCAUGGCCCUGCUACCACACAGCUCCCAACCAGAGUCCCCCAGCUACCUGAGAGACUUGUGUCUCAGCUGUUGGAACCCGGCGCCAGGACACAGGAAGCUGCAGGGAGACUUCCUGUACAUCACUGUGGUGACAAUGGAGGGCCGACGGUGUGAAAUCACAUCCUUUCCUAAAGGGUUCUUCCUCAAUAGAUCUACUGAAGAAGUGUUUGAUCCUCGUCCAGCGCAGUCUUCCCCAGUCUGUCACAACUUCACCGACCUGCUGUGUCACAUCAGCCCGGCCUUCAAACAAACUUUGACCACGCUCAAGAAUCGGUCCCAGUUACCUCCAGUGGAACUGAUGCCUACUCCUUACCACACCCUGAGCUGGCUCGGGCCCCCCUGCGCCUCUCGCUCCCAUAAAAACAACUUCAGCCGACUGGGAGUGGAUGAACAGCCUCCAACACAGGCUCCAGACUGGAAUGAGGAGUUGCAAGCUGCCAGAGAUCUUCCACAGGGCAGCGUGGAGGAAAGGCUUCAAAGGGACAGGGCUCUGCUCCAGGUAAACGGUGCAUUUGUUAGGGCGGUCAUGCGGGGGGCAGAAACUGUUGUAGAUGGCUUUGCGGAGCCUGUGAAUGGAAAUCCGGAUGACCCAGCGUUCCUGUGGGGCGGCCUGUUCAUGAGCCACGGGGCAGCAAGUGCCCUCUUUGGAGGGGACAGAGGUCGCAGGACUGCUCAGAGGCUGGAGCUUAAAGGAGUACAGGCCUACUGUGACAUUGAAGGGUUGCAGGGGCUGCACACUCUUCCUACAGCCAUCGUAGACUACAGAGGAUUGCGUCUGUCUGCUCAGGGUCUGGCCCCUGGUUUGGAGGCCUCAGAACAGGACCAGGAAACCACUCCUGCCUCAAGAGGCUUGCUGUACGGAGUGACUGCUGGACCCCAAGAGUCCCCUCAUCGCAGACGGCUCCUAGAGCGCUUGGCUCAUGCAGCCAAAUGUCUCUCUCUCCAGAGACAUGUUGUCGUGGGGCCCAACGAUCACAAAGUACCACUGUUCACCUCAGUGGACGCUCAGGGAUUGUUGGGCGCUGAUGGCAGGUUCUACAUACUGGAUGUGUUCAGAACCUUCCCGGCUGAUGCCAACUUCUGUCCAGAAAUGGAGACAGAAAGCCAGACGGUCCCUGAAGAAGAGGAGAGUAAAUCAAGCGGUGGGGAGGAAAAGGAGAAGGAGGGCUGUUUAAAAGAAGGUUGGCCAGAGAAUUAUCACUCAGCCUCCGGGCUUCCAAGGAGCUUUUCCCACAGACUCUGUCGACUGAGGCCAGAGCUGGUGCAGGCCUUCAUCCAGCACAAACAUUGCCAGUUCACUCAGUGUGUCAGGGAGACGUUGGACGCAAAUGGAGGCUUUGAAGAAUGUGCAACAGCUUGUGAUUCUCGAGCCACUGAGGCAGUCCGAGUUGCUUGUAAAGAAGUGGGCUCAAUCAGCGACAUCAUCUUUGAGAUGCGCUUCAACCCAAGCGUAUUCUCUCCAGAAGUAUCCUUCCCUCCUGGAGAAAGUAAGUCACUGAAGCUGCAGGAGAGGUUAUUGAGGGAAGCCGCUGCUUUCAUCGUCACACAUCAGAUACCAGACUUUCUGGAGUUUUGUCGACAAAGCAAUGAGGCGCCAAUGGAUGGAGUCUCUCUAAAACAGGCGCUACACCAAAGAGGCAUCAACCUGAGAUAUCUGGGCCAUGUAAUCACGACCAUCAGCCAAUCACAACACAAGGAGUGCCUGAGGCAUAUAAUGAGGUUGGUCAUAGCGGAAAUCUUCACUCGCUCAACCAGAAGAGUGUUCAACAGUUUCCUCCAGGGGGUGGACGUGCCGAGUCUCUCUGCAGCUGUCAGUCAUUUCCUGUGCUGCCUGCUGGUGCCACACUUCACGCCCGCGCCCGCGAGCGAUGAGACCAAAAAGAAGUCCAGGCGACGUGGCCGAGGGGCCGGGGCGUCUGAAAGCACGCCCUGGAGCAUGCUCGCGGGGGCCGAGCUGUGGAACCUGGUCUGCCAGGAUGCCGCUGAAACGUAUCACAUCUCUGACAUCCUCGGCUCUGGUCCAAACCACCUGGUGGAGCACUACGGCCUUCAGAAGCUCUCCCUGCUCAGAGAGUUCUGUUUAAAGACUGGAGUACAGUUGAGACUGAGAGACUACAGCCUUGACAACCAAAAUAAAGCUCCCAUUGGGCCGGACGACAUCCUCAACCUCUUCCCAGUUGUCAAGCAUGUUCACAUGCCCACCGUGGAUGCUUCUAAAGCCUAUCGAACCGCACAGAACUUCCUUCAGAAAGGUCUGCUGGAUCAGGCCCAUGAACACCUCAAAGAAGCAACCUACUUGUUUGGUCGGGUGUGUGAUGACCUGCACAUUGAGGCCUGUUAUUGCCACAGUCUGUUGGCCAAGGUGUCCUUUAAGCAGGGCAAGGCAGCCGAGGCUCGCAGUGUCCAGUUGAAAGCAGUGGUCAUCAGUGAGAGAGUGCUUGGCUUCGACCAUCCAAACACUAUCCACCAAUAUGCUCUCUUGGGUGUGUAUGCGUUUGCUGGGGGGGAGACUGCCUUGGCCCAGAAGUGUCUCCUCAGAGCUCGUCUGCUAAUGCUAACAGUCCACGGAGAGGACCAUCCCUACACCGCAACACUGGAUAGCUGCCUCGGGCUGGUGCUGAGCGGAGAUCAGAGAGGGAAGUUCUUAAUGAACGCCCUCAGGCUCAACACCUCCUUCUUCGGCCCUGCACAUCUACUCACCGCUCUCAAUCAGCAGCUGUUGGCCCAGUGGAUGUGCAGCAAGGGAGACUACAGGAGCGCUAUGAGCCACGAGAAAGAGGCCCUCGCCGCUUUUACCUCCAUGUUUGGAGAGGACCAUCCUCAGUCCCGCAGCAGCAAAGAGUUUCUGUGCACUAUAACCAAGGAAGCGGUGAAGGUGGAGCGCUCUCUCAGACAGGCAGGAGCUGAGGGCGCGCAGCAGACAGUGGAGAAUCUCAGUCCCACGCGUGCCGCCAUGGUGGAGCAAAUGGCUCUGUUGACCGGGAUCAAGAGCAUCACCCACAGAGACGGGCUCCAGGAGUAUAGGAAGAAACACAAAGAGCUAAAGGCGGCUGUGGCAAAAGAACUGGGAUUCCCAGUGAGCGGCGAGCUCGUCGCCUCACAGACUGCGAACGGCGAAGCCAAAAGCGCAGAUCAAGACGCAGGAAGCAGGAAGGACGCAGAGGACGGAGGAAGCCCAGCGGCGGAGAAUUCCAACGAGGGCCAACAGGAAGAGACCUUGUCGUUAGUCAAUGGUCAUGUGGUGCAGCCGGCGCAAGCGAACGGGCACGGGGAGAAAACAGAUGUAGGUGCAGGAGACAGCGACAGAGCAGAUUCGGAGGGCAAGGCGGAGGAUGGGGAAUCAGAGGCCGGGGCUGCAGGGCGGGAAGCGGGGAACAGCACAUCAAAUGGGGUAAACAGCAACACGGUGAAUGGGGAGAUGAAAUCGCAGUCGGUUGAAGUCAAUGGUGCCACAAAUGGAGCCGGUGACAUCCCUGUGAGCCCGUCAGGGCUUAAGAGCAAAGGAACCUGGGCCGAUGUUGUUUCAAAACCCAAUGGAGGGAGAGACACGGCAGUCAGAGUAGGAGGAAAGGUCACCGCUAAUGGGAGAGUUCAAGAGUGAAAAUGUAUCCAAACUGCUUUUUUCCCCAAGUAACUGCUGUAAGAAAAAAGCCUUCCAGGAUCCCAGAUAGUGAAAUAUAAAGCUGGCAGCAGAGAGGGAUAUUGAGGUUAUGUGUUAAAGAUGUCAUUGUUGGUACUGGGAGAUGGUUGUACUGCUGAGUGCUGUUUUUUUUUUUUUCCAACAAUAAACUUUUUAGUCUGGUUUA